ACAAGAUAAAAUAAAGCAGGCUGCUGAAGACGCACAAAAUCCCUCUAAAGCAGUCCCCAGAAGUCUCGGCAGACUAAAAUCAUAACAGGGAGUAGCGAUAUAGCCCUUAAGCGUAUGCAUGAGCCAUAACAGUGACUUUAUGAAUGGUUAUAAAUUAUUUUAGGCGCCAGUUCACUGGGAACUGAUGCUUUGUUGCCUUCUUUCAGAAGGACGAAAUAGACGGUGCACAAAAUAUCCCAAAAGCAGGAAAAGUAGUCUUUACGCCAAACGUUUAAGGUCGGUUGACGUGCUCCGGUGCUUGGAGCCGAUCGGCGCCGGCCAGGCCCUUUCCCCUCCACGUGUUUUCCGCCGUAAGUGUGACAGUCAGCUGAUACCUGCCACUGGAGCUCCCGGAAAGUCUUGGGCGUCAGUCUGUAUCACUUAUAUUAGUUGAUAUAACCGAGAUCGUGUGUAAUUCAUAAUGGCUGCAUUUCCACCAAAGCUGCAGGUUCAGCUAAGUGAAAACAAGAGGUUUCAGAAACUGAAAGAAAUCUUUACAGAAAAGUUUGGAGAAUCUCCUUUGUUUUACGCAUAUGCACCUGGAAGAAUUAACUUAAUAGGGGAACACAUUGACUAUUGUGGAUACGCUGUACUUCCCAUGGCAGUGGAGCAGAACAUCCUUGUAGCCGUCUCGGUGAAUAAGUCUCCGACUAUUGAGCUGGCAAAUACAAAUCCGCAGUACAAAGAUUUCACGGCCGCCACCGACAACAUCGUCAUAGACAGGACAAAGCCCCAGUGGUAUUAUUACUUUAUGUGCGGAGUCAAAGGAAUUCAGGAGCAUUUCGGCCUCACAUCGAUGGCUGGAAUGCGGUGUGUUGUUGAUGGCACUGUCCCUCCCAGUUCUGGCCUGUCCAGUUCCAGUGCCCUGGUGUGCUGUGCCGGCCUGGUCACUCUGGAAGCCAACCAGCGGACGCUGUCUAAGGUGGAGCUGGCUGAGAUCUGCACGCGCUGCGAGCGCUACAUCGGCACUGAGGGCGGGGGAAUGGACCAGUCCAUAUCUUUCUUGGCAGAAGAGGGCAAGGCGAAGCUCAUAGAGUUCAGCCCCCUCCGGGCCACCGACGUGAAACUACCCGCUGGUGCCGUCUUCGUGGUCGCCAACUGCUGCGUGGAGAUGAACAAGGCGGCCACCUCGCACUUCAACACCCGCGUGGCCGAAUGCCGGCUGGCGGCCAAGGUGCUGGCCAAGAACAGAGACCUGGACUGGGGCCGGAUGCAGAGGCUGGGUGAGGUGCAGGCGGAGCUGGGCGCCUCCCUGGAGGACAUGCUGGCCCUGGUGGAGGAGGUGCUGCGGCCAGAACCCUACAGCCGUGAGGAGGUCUGCCAAGUUCUGGGCAUCAGCCAGGAGGAACUGGAGAGCAGCGUGCUGAGCGCCAACACACGACAUGUGACACACUUCAAGCUGCGGCAGCGGGCAUGGCACGUGUACGGUGAGGCGGCGCGGGUGCUGCGGUUCCGGGAUGUGUGCCAGUCGGCGCCGGAUGGAGCCAUCGCACAGCUGGGUCUCCUGAUGCAGCAGAGCCACACCAGCUGCCGGAACCAGUACGAGUGCAGCUGCGAGGAGCUGGACCAGCUGGUGGACAUAUGCCUACGGGCGGGAGCUGCGGGGGCACGGCUGACCGGUGCAGGCUGGGGGGGCUGCGUGGUCUCCAUGGUCCCUGCUGAGAAGCUGGGGGCAUUCCUGCAGGAAGUGAGCAAGUCCUUCUUCGAGCCGGACGCCCGCCGAGCGGCCCUGGAGAAGCAGAGCCUUUUCGUCACCAAGCCUGGGGGGGGCGCCGCGGUCGUCCUGGAAGCCUUUCCUUAAGUGAAGGUCGUGGGGUCGGUGACACUGGUCUACAGGCUGAUGGCGGCGGAUUCCUGCGGGGAUCUCCAAUUUAAUCAGCAGCCACCAUCUGUUACUCAUUCACAGCCCUGUUGCAGAUCAUUUGUGAUUACUGAUAAUAAAGGAACAUUUAACGAGAUUGAUUUAGAUUAACAUACAAUCUUUAAUUUGGUGAUUUGUUAGGAAUGAGCCAAUCCAAGGUGCUGGGGGUAAAACUUUAUAACUAAACAGUGUCUUCAUGCGUACCUGUUAAAUCAUAUUUCGUAACAUGUUAUGUUUAAUUUUAAUUUUUCUUAAAUGAUAUUUGUAUUUCUAAUGUCCAACAAUUCCUUCAGGUGCCAGGGUCAUGAUAGGAGCCUGUCCCAAACAGCAAAGGGCACAAGGCCGGGGUACACCCUGGUCAAUCACGGGGCACAUACACAGUCAUAUGUUAUAGAUACCAGUUAGCCAGACUGAAUGUCUCUGGACUGUGGGAGCAAACCAGAAUAUCCAGAGGAAAGCAAAAAAAUAAUAAUAAAGCAUAAUAAUUGCAAACUGUAUUACUAA